UUGAAAACAGGAGCCGUUCGGUUGAAGGGAAAAUGUAAAGAAAGCAAGAAACAGAGAUCUAGAAUAGUAGUUCUGAGUAGAAUUUAGUUGUACGCGGACGACUCUUAAAUGGCCACCACACGCUCAUUCUGUCCGCCAUGUGAUGACGUCGUCUUUGCUCAGAUGACUAGCAACAUAUACAGCAAUUAUUAACUGCAAACUCAGUUUCUCUAAUACAAACGACGAGGAUUCAUUAAUUUCUUCUAUAUCGACAAACGUCUAUAGGAUAAGUUUAAACACAAUUAAAACAAUGGGUCACGCACCUUCCGGAAAAACAUACUUGGGAUGGUGGGGAGCACUGGGUGGUCCCAAACAAAAGGGUAUCAUCACGUACACUGUUUCACCAUUUCAGCAACGUCCCAUGGCCGGCUUGCUAUCUUCUAGCUUCCGCAAUGGUUUUCGAACCUUUAAAUCGAACGCCCUGUACAUUCUCAUACCAAUGGGUUCCGUUUUCUACCUUAUGCAUUGGGCAAAUAAGAAGAAUGAAUAUAUAAACUCCAAGAAAGGAGUUGCAGAAACUCAUCAUGCUCAUUAAAACCCUUCUGCGCCCUUUAUUUGGCGCCGUGUUCAAUGGCAUAAAUUGAUAAUGAAUGACUUGUUUUUUAUGAGGUAUUGAAUUAGUGUAGAACUGUGUUUGACGGUGAGCAAUAUUAAAAGGGUUCAGGUAGUUUCCUAGGUUGGCUCUUUGCGAAGUAAACGAAAAAC